AUGCUUCAGUGUCGAUUGUGCCGCUCGAGGCUGCCGCUACAGCGAUCAGUGCGCACGCUGAGCUCUUCGACGGCAGCACAGAGGGCGGUAUCGGCUUCAAGGGCGCUGCUGGGCUCCAGCGACCGAUCAUCUCGACUUGCCACGCACAGUCAGCACGAAGCCUGGGCCGCGAGGCGUAGCAGACUGGCUACGCUCGUUGCAUCGCCCGCUGUCUCUCCGAACUUCAAUGGAGAUCUUAUGGGGCAAGCAAGUGCGGCUGGUGAAGAUGAUCCCUUUGCAGAGCCUGCUCCGCUCGAUGAAAGUGCGCUCUCGCUCAAUAUUACGCCCUCUGCGGUCAAGCAAGUACAGAAGAUCCAGCAGAGAGAGUCAAAUGCGAACCUUGCAUUGAGGAUAACAGUCGAAUCCGGUGGAUGCCACGGCUAUCAGUACAAGAUGGAUCUAGCAGACAUCAACGCCAAAGCAGAAGAUGACUAUGUGUUCUCCUCAGAGCCAAGCUCACCAGACACGCCAAUACUCAUCAUUGAUGCAAUGAGCCUCGGUCUCGUCAAAGGCUCAACAGUCGACUUUGCGACCGAGCUCAUCGGCAGCUCCUUCAGGGUCUCCGACAAUCCUCAAGCCAAAGGUGCAGGCUGCGGCUGCGGUGUCUCUUGGGAGCUCAAGUAA